UUUCCAAAUUGAUUAAUUAUGUGAUUUUCAAUAUUUUGUACUACGGUUUUAUAAUUUGUUUAUGAUUAAUUUCAUAGUUUAUUGAUUAUAAUAUGUGAUUACUUUCAAGCUUUUGCAGAUGUCAUCAGGUACCGGAUCCGGAGGUGGUCCUCGUGAUGGGGGUAGUGAGCCUCAGCCUGAGCGUGAUGGCGAGUUGGAGAGGGACGAGGAUAAUCAUGAGGCUGGGGUAGGUGACAAGAAAAAGGAGUUGGAUCCCAAUGGACUUUGGUUUGAAGACAAUGGAGUCAUUCGCAACAUGACUAAAUGCUUCAAGCAACAUUUCCAUCAUCCAUGGAGGAACUAUUCGCAGGUUGAUGACGAUACAAAAAACCUUUGGUUCUCUAUUUUCAAGGGCUCAUAUAAAUGGAGGGAGGAGCUUCAAUCCCAAGUAGGUCUACAUACGACAGGAAAAUGGCCAAAAGAUUGA